AUGAACAGGCUAGGACAUUUUUACAUAUGCGUGCCAGUUCCUUUAGAUGUCAUUGAUAACCAAGAAUAUGUCAAGGGAAAGGUUAUAUCACUUGAUCCUGACAUUCGAACAUUCAUAACAUGUUAUGAUCCAGAAGGACAAAUGAUAACUUGCAAAGUGACAAAGAUCAAGCUUUCGAAGAGUAUACAUCAAAGUGGAUCAAAAACGUUUAGAUGCGAUUCUUGCGAUUUGGUGAUUGAUGGAGAUGCUAACGGAGCCAGGAAUAACUUGCUCAAACGUUUGACAGAAGGCCAGGUUCACACCUGA